UUUUUGUUUUUUUUACAGAUUGGAUGUACAGUCGCUCACAGACGUUUCUGCCCUCCGGCCUCUCUGUGUUUGUGAGACCUCACGUCCUGUCCUCUGCGAGCCCUGACUCGUCUUAUUAGGCACUUUGACCGGGCCGUGUGGUCGUGUGUGCCUGAAAAUUUAUGCUGCUAGCUUAAUGUUACAUGUUGAUACUGUCAAAAAACAGCUGGAUGCUACCCGGCUAGCGAGCGCUAGCAGAGCAGCCUCUGCGGGGAUCGAGUCGGCGAAACAGGACUGGGAGGAUGGGUCGCUGCCUGUGAUCAGAGAGGAUGAGGAGUCGCAGUAACUCAGGAGUGCGGCUGGACGGCUAUGCCCGGCUGGUCCAGGAGACUAUCCUUUGCCAUCAGAACCCAGUGACAGGACUUCUUCCUGCCAGUGCGCAGAAGAAGGACGCCUGGGUGAGGGAUAAUGUCUACAGUGUCCUGGCGGUGUGGGUGGGUAUGGCCUACCGGAAGAAUGCAGACCGCGAUGAAGACAAGGCCAAAGCUUACGAACUGGAGCAGAGUGUCGUGAAACUGAUGCAGGGGCUUCUGCAGUGCAUGAUGAGACAGGUGGCCAAGGUGGAGAAGUUCAAACACACCCAGAGUACAAAGGAUUGCUUGCAUGCCAAAUAUGAUACUCCCACUUGUGCCACAGUGGUCAGGGAUGAUCAGUGGGGUCAUCUCCAGGUGGACGCCACCUCGAUUUACCUGCUGAUGCUGGCACAGAUGACAGCCUCAGGUCUUCGUAUCAUUUCCAACCUGGACGAGGUAGCCUUCAUCCAAAACUUGGUCUUCUACAUAGAGGCUGCCUACAAAGUAGCGGACUAUGGAAUGUGGGAACGAGGUGACAAGACUAACCAUGGCAUUCCUGAGCUCAAUGCCAGCUCUGUAGGAAUGGCUAAGGCAGCGCUUGAGGCUAUAGAUGAGCUGGAUCUGUUUGGUGCUCACGGAGGGCCGAAGUCAGUCAUCCAUGUGUUGCCUGAUGAAGUCGAACACUGUCAGUCUAUUCUGUGCUCCAUGCUGCCAAGAGCUUCAACUUCAAAGGAAAUAGAUGCUGGUCUUCUGUCCAUCACUUCUUUCCCUGCGUUUGCUGUGGAGGAUGCUGACCUGGUGGCUGUGACGAAGUCAGAGAUCAUAAGCAAACUGCAGGGUCGCUAUGGCUGCUGUCGCUUUAUCAGGGACGGAUAUCGUUGUCCCAAAGAGGAUCCAUCUCGGCUGCAUUAUGAUCCUGCUGAGCUGAAGCUAUUUGAAAAUAUCGAGUGUGAGUGGCCUGUGUUUUGGACUUACCUCAUCCUGGAUGGUAUUUUUGCUGGUGAUCAAGUUCAGGUGCAAGAGUACCGUGAAGCACUGGAGGGUGUUUUAAUCAGAGGGAAGAAUGGCAUUAAGUUGGUGCCUGAACUUUAUUCUGUUCCUCCUGACAAGGUUGAGGAGGAGUAUAGCAAUCCUCACUCAGUAGACAGGGUAGCCAUGGGCCAGCUGCCACACAUGUGGGGACAGUCACUCUACAUCUUGGGGUCCCUUGUGGCUGAGGGUUUUUUAGCACCAGGAGAGAUAGAUCCGCUCAACAGGAGAUUCUCUACAAGCUUCAAACCAGAUGUGGUGGUACAAGUUUGUGUUCUAGCAGAGUCGGAGGAGAUCCAGGAGUUGUUGAGAGAUCUGGGGAUCGAGGUACAGACAAUGGCAGAAGUUCUGCCCAUCAGGGUCAUGCCAGCUCGCAUCCUGAGCCAUGUCUAUGUUAGACUGGGGAACAGCAAGAAGCUGAAUCUGAGUGGGCGGCCGUACAGACACAUUGGUGUCCUGGGAACAUCCAAAUUCUACGAGAUCCGAAAUCGCUCUUACAUAUUCACCCCUCAGUUUCUGGAUCAGCACCAUUUCUAUCUGGCACUGGACAACCAGAUGAUUGUGGAGAUGUUACGGACCGAGCUGGCCUAUCUCUCUUGUUGCUGGAGGAUGACAGGACGUCCGACGCUCACAUUCCCAAUCACCCGUAGCAUGCUGGAUGAGGAUGGAGAAACAAUUGAUUCAUGUAUCCUAUCAACUCUAAGGAAACUGCAGGAUGGCUAUUUUGCUGGAGCGAGGGUGCAGAUGUCAGACGUCUCCAGUGUCCAGACCACUUCGUUUCACACUCGUCUCAGCUUCCUGGAUGAAGAGAAUGAUGACAUAUUGCUUGAGGAUGAAGGCGAUGAUGAUGAUGGAUAUGGAGAGGAGUCCUGUGGUCCCUCGGAGGACUCAAAAGAUGUAUUUGACCAGUACCUCACCCAGCUCCUUCACAGCACCACCACCAAGUGCCAUCUUCCUCCCAUCCAGAGGGGGCAGCACCACGUCUUCAGUCCAGAACAUACCACAAGAGACAUCCUGUCUCUUAUGGCGCAGGUCCAGGGCCUGAACGUUCCCAAGUCUUCCAUGUAUCUGCCUGUGACUCCGGUCAAGAGCAAACAUCGCAAAUCUCUCAACCUUCUUGAUGUUCCUCAUCCUCAGCACGGCCCACAGGCGAAACAGCACAAGCCACACUCUGCUGCUGAUCUUCACCUGCCUCGAGACUCUCAGGGCAACACAGACUUUGCAGCGUUGGUCAGGCAGCUAAAAGAAUGCCCCACUCUUCAGGACCAGGCUGACAUCCUCUACAUUCUCUAUGUGAUGAAAGGAGCUGAUUGGCUGGUGGAGUUGUCAGGUCCUGGGCAGGGUGGGGUCAGCGUGCGAUCACUGUUGGAGGAGCUGUACGUGGAAGCCGGAGCCUGCAAAGAGUGGGGGCUCAUUAGGUACAUCUCUGGAAUACUGCGCAAGAGGGUGGAGGUCCUCGCUGAGGCCUGCACAGAUCUGAUUUCCCAUCACAAGCAGCUGACUGUAGGUCUACCUCCUCAACCCAGGGAAAGAGUGAUCACAGUCCCUCUUCCUCCGGAUGAGUUAAACAACCUCAUCUACGAAGCCAGUGGUCAGGACAUAAGUGUAGCAGUGCUCACUCAGGAAAUUAUGGUGUAUCUAGCCAUGUAUGUGCGCUCCCAGCCCGCUCUGUUCGGGGACAUGCUCAGACUCAGGAUAGGACUGAUCAUGCAAGUGAUGGCCACUGAGUUAGCUCGUAGCCUGCACUGUUCUGGGGAGGAGGCGUCAGAGAGUUUGAUGAGCCUGAGUCCAUUUGGCAUGAAGAACCUACUGCAUCACAUCCUCAGUGGCAAAGAAUUUGGGGUGGAGAGAAGCAUGCGCCCAAUCCAGUCUACAGCCACUAGCCCUGCGAUAUCCAUCCAUGAACUAGGUCACACGGGAGCUACAAAGACUGAACGCACAGGAAUACACAAGCUAAAGAGUGAGAUAAAACAGCUGGAUGACUCUCGCCCUACAAGUAUGGCAGGCUUGCGGUCCCUUCAGUCUUUCAACACUGAACCAGACUGAACAGG